AUGGUCUGGCAGCGUUCAGGGUCCAUUCAAGUCUGCACACAAAUCACUGUUUACACACAGUGGUCUCAAGUGAUAGGCAGUGACGUCUUGUCGUUGAAUGAUAUAAAGGCAGGUCAGGAAGACGAGCCAAAGGAAUCAAUUUUUGCCAGGACAAUGAAUGCCUCCGAUGCUCUCGGCCUCGCGAACGAAGAAGGCGCUUCCGUCUCCAUGACCUCACCCACUUUUGGCUACAUAGCAAUUGUCGUUUGCGCCGUCUGCUUUGGCACCAACUACUUGCCAGUAAAGAAGUUCACAAUGGGUGACGGUAUGUUUUUUCAGUGGAUGAUGUGUAAUGCAAUUUUGCUCGUGGGUGUCAUUGUCAACUGCGCAGUUGGGUGCCCGAAAUUUUAUCCCCUUGCUAUGUUUGGCGGCGCACUAUGGGCCAUCGGAAAUUCUUUGAGCGUGACAAUUAUUGAAGCGAUUGGAGUUGGUCUUGGCAUAAUCCUCUGGUCCAUGUCCAAUAUGCUCUUCGGCUUUGCCACUAGCCGGUUUGGUUGGUUUGGAAUCGCACAGAAGAUCCCUAAAAAGCCAAUUAUGAAUUACAUUGGGGUUGCAAUCGCUCUCGGGAGCGUCAUCGUCUUUGCGGCGAUAAAACCCAACCACCCGGAAAGCAAGAAGGAAAUACCAAGAGAGGGUGGAGAGGCGGAUAAUGUGGUGAUGACGGACCGCAGUACCGCCAAGGCCCUCCUCACUGACGAGCGCGAGUCCACUGGCAAAUGUGGACGCAUCUGUAAACCCAUCUCCAGCAUGCCUCUGACGCAAAGGCGCAUUCUUGGAGUAGUCUUAGCAGUCUUGGCUGGCUCGUUUUACGGGAAUACCUUUGUUCCAACUCAAUACAUUCAGACCUGGUACCAAGGAGCUAGCAAAGAAGGUCUUCACUACGUAUUCGCUAACUUUGUGGGCAUCUGGAUGACCUCGACAGCGAUCUUUUUUAUUUACUCGCUGGGGAAAAAGAACAGACCCUGGGUCCCACAUAACAACGCCAUCGUGCCCGCCCUUGCUAGCGGAGCCCUGUGGGGCACCGCACAGUCCGCCUGGUUCGUGGCCAACGCGGCACUUGGUGAACCCGUCACCUUCCCCAUCAUCACCACCUGCCCUGCUCUCAUCGCCACCAUCUGUGGCAUGGUCUUUUUCAAAGAAAUCACUGGAAAAAGAAACUACAUUCUGCUAGCGAUCGCCUUCUGUGUAACCACCACCGGUGUAAUCCUCAACGCCCUCUCAAACGUUUAA